CAGAGGCUUCUUAUUUGCUCUAAUGUAUGUCUCAAGAACCAAUCCACGAAGUAAAGGGGAUUUUGGGGGUAACAAAAUUUAGGUCACGCUUUCUUCUCGGUAAAGAUCGGAAGUCGUGUCCUCGGGUGCCUUCGGCAUCAAUCGGAUUUCCAUCAUGGCGGAAGAGCGUGCGGAUUUCGGGGAGGUACGCACUCCUUCGCCAUCAGAAAUGGACGUCACCGGGUCGAACGGUCAAUCAUUGGGUGCUGAUGACACUAUGUCAUCAUUUGAGACGCAAAAGCACCAAAAUUUGAACGGAGAGAAAGGGAUUGUGGAACAAGAUGAGCCCAGCACUGACUCUGGGGGGCCCACUGCAGGGAAAGGGGAGGUUCUGGUGCCAAGUGAGAAACUUGAAAAUGAUACCAUGGAUGCUUCAGGUAAUGUCAGUGUUGCCUUGGCAACCGGGGAUGAUGAAGAUGAGCCAAUGGAAGCUGAUGAAGAUGGUUCUAGUGCUGAGCCCAGGAAUGGUCAUAAUAAUGUAGAACUCAGUGCAGAGCUAGAUGCAUCUUCAGCAAUGCAAUCAGAACAUGACAAAGACACAGACAGUCACAUUGAGCCAGAAACCAAUGAAGUAACUGAAGAGGAAUCAUCACUUGAUCAUGUUUCCCACAAUACAAAUGUAGAUAUAACAGAUGUACAGGAAGCAACCAGUAGUCAAAACAGACAAACAGGAAGCCAGGCAGACAAUAGCAUCAGUGGUAACAUUCCAGUAGUAGAAGCAGGUGGUGCUGAAAAUAGUUCAUUUGAGGUCAUCAGUGAUGAGGAAAUUUCAAAAACAAGGCCAGUAGAAUGUUUUGACUCGAAUAUACCAACAGACCUUGUAGGAGAAUAUGAUUCCGGUAUACAGCAGCCAGUCACCCCUCCAACCCCCCUCCAAGAUGAGGAUGCCCCAACCCCCUUACAAGAUGAGGCAAUGGACACAGAGGAACUUGACGAUCAAGUAGUAGAUACCAGUUCUACAGGCCCCUCUGUAGAUAACACUCACAUGCAAGAAGUGGCAAAUGAAGACACGUUCUCUUCCCAAGACACUGAUGCUCAGGCGAUCUCUACAGAAGAAGGCUCUGAAGAACAGCCUGCUGAAACUACAGAGGAAGACUCCAAAGAACGGCCUGCUCAAAUCACAGAGGAAGACUCUGAAGAACAGCCUGCUCAAACCAUAGAGGACUCUCCCACACCUGCCUUAGGCCUUGUUACGUAUCCUGACUCAGAAGAAGAUGGUCAGUCAGAAAAAGAGGAAACUGAGGACACCAAAGCCGACCAGUCCCAGGAAGAAGGUGAAACACCUGAACUAGCAGAAGAAAGAACAUCAUCUGAUAAAGAGGAAGAAAUCAUGAAUGAGGAGCCAAUUGAGACUGCAGCCAACUUACCUCCUGAUCAGGUUGCAACUGAUACUGAUUUGCCAGUAAGUCAGGAGAACAAAGAGGAAAAUGACAUAGAAGGGUCUAUAACUUCUCAUCACAUAGCAACAGAGGAGGAAAAAACAGAGGAUGCUGCAAAACCUGACUCUCAGGAAGACUCCGAAGCACUGCCAACUAUCCUGAAGGCUUUUGCCAGCUCAGACUUACCAAUAGAACCAGAUGAACAAAUGGAGGAGGAUGGUCCACAGGAUAAAGAUGAUGUACAGCAGGAUACAGAGGGGACGCAGACAGAAGAGAUACUUAAUGAACAGAAGGAUGCAGAGCAGACAGAAGAGCUACCUGAUGAGGAAGAACCUAGUGAGAAAGAAGCAGAAGAACCUCAGGUUGAAAACACAGAGCAAACAGUAGAAAUCCAGAAAAGUGGGUCAGAUGAAAAAGAAGCUGAUGGUCAAGAGGACAAAGAAGAUGAGACUGGAAGAGAUGGACCAGAACAAGCAGCAGUGUCUGUUUCUGAGACGACAGCAACCUCAAAUUCAUCCAAAAAGCAGAAAGACACAGGAGAUGAUGACUGGGACAUCAUUGAUGUGACAGAUGAGGUCAAAGGUGAGCCUGACAUCAUCACCAUUGAUGAUGAUGAAGAUGCAGAAACUGAAACUACAAAGGAUGCAGGAUCAAACAAAUCCAAGAUGGAUGCAAAUAAAGAUGGGCAAGGAACAAGUACUGAGACAGGAGGCUCUUCAGACAUCAGAGCUGAGCAGCAGUAUCCCUGUCUUGCUGCAGAAUUGCAGCGCGGGGAGGACUCAGACGCCACAGGGAAGGGAUCUGCUUCAUCCGAGAAGAAAGCUCGAGUGCCGCCUUUGCUGCCAUACCAGAGGUUCUGUAAGAGGAAACUUGAGGAUGUGCAGAAGGAGAAUCCUGCCAUGAGCUUGACUGAGUUGGCUGCAGCCCUCUUCAAGAUGUGGAAGGAACUGGACGACAAAAGCAAGCAGAUUUACAAGGACUGCUACUACUCUGAGAAGAAGGUAUAUGAGGAGGACACAACACUUAGCACUGUUAAGGAGAUAAAGGAAGAGCCGGUAGAUGAAGAUACCAUAGAGGCAUUCCUUAAAGAGAUGCAGGGUGAGGACCAGACAGAUGUCCAGCUGGAUGAAGCUGAGGCUUCUCUGGAGGCUAUUCAACAUGAGACAGAAAAAGAACUAAAGUGUUUUGCCCAGGACACCAUGAAUGAGCUCCUGGGGAUGUUUGGUUACGAUGGUGUAGAUGAGGACGAGGCCAGUACCCUCCAGAUUAGCUCCAGUUUCGUGCCUACACCACCAGCCCCACCCCCUGAGCCUGCUGCUGCACAAGGGGAGGGGGUCACUGUCACCUCAGGCUCCUGUAUGUGGUGUAAGAAGAAAAGUACAGCACUGGACUUUGUUCUUAAGAUGCAGGAUGGGAAAACGCAAGCUUACUGUACAGCUGAGUGUUUGGCACGAGGAAAGGUCGCCAACGCUCGCCUCACCCCCAAAUCGCUGGCAGAGAAGGUCAGCAAUGCAGCACAUCAGCGGUGUUUCUUCUGCCACCGGCUGUUCAGACGUGGCCAGGACAAAACGUUUCCUACACGAGAUGGCAACAAAAUCUUCUGUACCGAGCAGUGUGCUGAUUCAUAUGACAGGAGCAAGCUUGCAAAAACCUGUGAACAGUGCAAGAAGAGUGUUUCUGGUGACAAAGUCAUGAAGUGCAAUGGAAACCACUUCUGCUCACAGAUCUGCGUAACGGCACAUCAGAAAUCCCAGUCCCGCCGGAACCGCGUGUGCGACAACUGCAAACGACCGGGAACGGCCUCUCAGAACUACCACAUGGCAGUUCCAGGGGGCCAGCCCAACAAGGUGUUCUGCAGUCAGGGCUGUCUGCAGAUGUUCCAGAAGAGAGCUAAACCCUGCACCAACUGUAAGGACCUGCGAUCUGACCAGACUGUCAUCGCCCAAGUGGACGGGGGAGACUUCAAGGAGUUCUGUAGCUCAGAGUGUGUCAUCAAGUAUGAGGAGAAGAAAUCUAAGAUGUCGGAGCCUGGGAAGUGCUGGAUCUGUAAGAGCACUACUAGGGUCAAACAUGAAGUCAACUACCAGGGUACUGUGUACCGGCUCUGCACAGACAAAUGCUUCCAGAUGUUCCGUGUGGCCCACAAUCUGAGCAUGAACUGCUGCGACCAGUGUAACCAGUACAUCUACAACCAGGACGGGCCGGCACCUCAGAGCAUGCAGUACGAGGGGCAGAUGAAACGCUUCUGUUCCACCAUCUGUGUCAACACCUUCAAACAGAAGAACAGGAAGUCCGUCAUUUGCGGCUGGUGUAAGCUGGCCAAGAGUAACUUUGACAUGAUCGAGCGAGUGGACACAGGCGGCAAAGUCACCAUGUUCUGCUCCAUCAACUGUCUCUCUUCAUUCCGCCUGAAGCAGAACAUGGAUGUAGGGAAGAGCACCCCCUGUAACUUCUGUGGGAAGACUGCCCUGCCUCAGUACCACCUCACCAUGAGUGAUGCCAGCAUACGUAACUUCUGCUCCUACUCCUGUGUCAUGAACUUCCAGCAGGGCUUCAGUACCAAGGUGCCAGUUCCCCAGCCACCAAAACCCCCAACAGGCCCACACCUCACCUGUCCCCAGUGCAAGCGUUGGUUCAACAACAGACCUGAGACAUUUGAGUACAAGGGGAACCCCAUGGCCUUUUGCAGUAAGGGAUGUAGUGAGGACUUCAAGAAGGCAAACUCUGUUGUGUGUGAGUGUGACUACUGCCACCAGGAGAAGAUCCUUUAUGAGUCCACCGUUUUCUCUGGAAGCACCAAGAACUUUUGCAGUGAGGGCUGCAAGCUGCUCUUCAAGCAGGACUUUGCCAAGAAGCUGGGACUGAGGUGUAUUGUGUGUGACUACUGUGCCCAGACUUGCAGGAAGGGUCCAACCAAGACAGUCGAGGGGAAACAGCUGCACUUCUGCAGUAACGACUGUAAGGAGAAGUACACCAUGUGGUACUUUGGGGUGGCCAGAUGUGACGGGUGUAAGAGACAGGGGAAGCUAGCGGAGAAGUUUGUGUGGCGAGGAGAGAUGAAGCGUGUGUGUAACCAGACCUGCCUGCUCCAGUUCUACAUGCAGCAGAACUUCCCCAACAUGUCCACUCAGAAGGGACCAGAGAACACCUCCUUAGGGGGAACAUCCCAGCAGACAUCAACUCCCAUCAUUUCAUCAGUGAUGUCACUGGCAGGUGGACCACAAGCAGUGGUGGAGACACCCAAGCCAUCCCACAGCUACGGCACCCGGACAGCAACCGGCUCCAAACCAGUUCAGACUUCACCCAGACAACCCCCUCCUCUGCAGCAGAUGCCGCAGCAAUCUCAGCCACAGGUGGUGGUACAGCAGGCCCCUGCCCCACCUCCCAAGCAACUGAGGAACAAGUCCCUGCAGUGUCGACCCUUCAUGCAGACCAAGGCCACGUCCUGCAGGCCUCACACAACAUCUAAGGGCACAUCUACAGAUGAUGACUGGAAGCCCAAACUUGUGGUGGUUCCCAUACCAGUCCCCAUCUUUGUCCCUGUCCCCAUGAUGAUGUAUAAUAACCCUGUCCCCCACCCCGUCCCCAUGCCCCUGCCCGUCCCUGUGCCCAUGUGGAUCCCCACCCUGGCACACAACACUGACCAGAUCCUCAAGACCAUGGAAGACAUCAAGGAGAAGAUUCCCUCCAACCCAUUUGAAGCUGACAUCCUGCUGAUGGCAGAGAUGGUGGCUGGGGAGGAUGAGCAGGCCAAGAAGGAGGAGAAGGAAGCAGAGGUGGGGAAGGAGGACAGCUCUGAGGAUGGGGACAUCCCAGACUCACUGGCUGCAUUGAAAGAUGCGGUACCAGACACGGACCUGUCCCUGGAGGAUGCCGCCUCCGUCAUCCCGUCCAACCUACUGGGGCACGACGUCCUCGCCAUGGCCGAGAAAAUGAGCGGGAUUUUUGAUGAGCCUCUACUUGAUUUGGAGAAUGACCUGGCAUUAGAGCAAUCAUCAGAUAGCCUGUCUACUAUCGAUGACUCCUCCAUUGCGACUCCACGGAGGGGCAAGCAGCGCAGCAAGGGUGCCAGGUCUAGGAGAGGCCGACCGAGGAAGCGGCAGGCUGUUGAGGCCCGUGCUGCGUCGCCUGCUCCACUUGGUGUUGCUGACGGCAUGCACCUCAAGCACACCUACGGGGUCAACGCCUUCCGCCACUGGGCCAUACAGAGGAAUACUGCACAGGCAGACAUGAAGGGAGGAGGGAGGAUGAAGGAGGAUAUCCUGCAGAUGAAUGCGUACGAGAUGAACUUUGCCCUCUCACAGUUUGUACAAGAAGUCCGCAAGCCCAAUGGAGAGGAGUAUGCAGCAGACAGUGUCUUGUACCUCUGUCUAGGUCUGCAGCAGUACCUGUAUGAGAAUGGCAGGAUAGACAACAUCUUCACUGACGUGUACUACAUGCAGUUUGUGGACAGUCUGCAUGGUCUGCUGCAACAGUACCUCACCAGGGUCAGCCUGGAGGGCAUCAUUCCUUGGAGGAUUGAAGAGGAGAUCCUGUGGGAGUGUAAACAGCUGGGUGCCCACUCUCCGUUUGUCCUGCUCAACACCCUGCUGUACUUCAACACCAAACACUUCCUGCUGCGCACCCCUGAGGAACACAUGAAGCUGUCCUUCUCUCACAUCAUGAAGCACUGGAAGAAACACCCGUCAGGGAAGCCUAACCAGCGCAGUGUGUACCUCAGGUUCUACCAGCCACCCAAUCAGAAAGAGGUGUCAGGAAAGAGGAAGCGAGAUGACUCCCCUGUGCUGGAGAUACCUGAGAACACUGAGAUCCCCCUUAGGUGUCCUGUCAAGCUGUACGAGUUCUACCUGUCCAAGUGUCCGGAAGGGAUGAAAGGCCGUCAGGACGCAUUUUACCUUGUUCCUGAGCGCUCGUGUGUCCCCGACUCCCCCCUGUGGUACUCCCGACAGUCCCUGCCUGAAGACCUGGCCGGCAGGAUGCUGACCCGUAUCCUGAUGGUGAAGGACAUUCAAAAUGCUCUACAGGAGGCUGAGGAAGACUGAUCAUACUCUCAUUUCUCCCAAGCUUGACCCAGAAAGUGCACGGAAUCGGAAUGACCUGUUUUACCUGCUGCCUGAGCGGUCGUGUGUGCCUGACAGCCCGCUGUGGUACUCAACCAUGCCUGCCGACAACAGUCUCAUGGAGAAGAUGCUGACACGAAACCUGCUGGUGAAGGAGGUUUGUGAGAUCCAUGAAGAGGCA